CAGAGCCGCUGCAAUUUAAGGAAAGAUAUGACGAGUGUUUUGUGAAUAAAUCGAUUAUAUUUACCGACUUUACCUACAGCUAUAUAUCCAUUUUUUUUUAAUUCAGCUUUUCUACCUUCUCGGCGCUUUUCUUUGCCCUGCCGACGCCCAGCUGGUGGCGAUAAAGCGUCCGUCCAGUUUGAGUUGGUUUUGGGACGUUAGAAAGCGAGCGAGCAAAGUUCACAGUAGCGGCAGUAGAGGGGUUUGUGGCUGUGUUUGUCAUAUUUUGGUUGUUAGUCAGGAUUUACGUUGACUGCUAAAGAAGGAUGACAAGUCCUCAGUUUCCUGGUGGACAUGAGAACAGUCCUGGCAUUGGUGGCACACCAGCUGAGACGAAUGAGCUCUUCCAUGAACUACUGAACCGCCUCAGAGUCUGCCAUGACAAUGCACUGCAAGGACUGCAGUUAAAGGUGACCAAACUGAAGAAAGAGCGCUAUCUUGAUGCACAGAGGCUGGAGGAGUUCUAUAAUAGGAACCAGCACCUGCGUGAGGAACAGAGAAAUCUGCAAGAUUCCAUCACACUUUUGAAGGAUAGAUUAAAAUCUGCAGUUUGUGAUCGCUGCAGAGAGACAGAGAGAGAGAGAAAAAAGACACAGGCUGGGACUGAAAAUCAAAACAAUCUUCCACUCAUCAAUGAAAUUAAGGCUGAGAGGGAUAUUCUCAGAGAAGAGAACAGGAAGUUGAGGCUUGAGCUGAAGCAACUACGUUCAGAACAGACCUCGUUCGUAGAUCCAGAGGAAGUCAUGAUCCCAGAUUCUCCGCUUCAACCAAUGAGUUUUCCUGUAGUCAGCAAGUUGAAGCGCAAGAGAGAUCCGAGCCAUGUCCGCUACGCUGAAAGACCUCUCUCACAGCCGCUGCCAGACCUUCAGAAGGAAGAGUACUCCAGGUCGUCAGGCAGCCGUGGGGGAGCCGUGCUUGUCCCGGAGACAUGUGAUUUAGAUGUGAUGCAUUUUACUGAGCACAAUUCAAAGAUCCAUGGCAGAACUGUGGUUGCGGAAACUUGCCGUCUAGAUCUGCACGCUGAUCAGGACUCUGGGAGGGAUGGAGACUCUCAGACCUUGCUACACCAUCCACUUAAGCAAGGGCAAGAGGAAGAUGAAUCUAGUGUAUCAACUACAGUAAGGAAUGCGAGUGUCCCCAAGCCCAAAUCCGAUGACCCCUCAUGUGUUUGGAGACGUCUUUUUCAAUAUAAAGCUUGUCCGGUGCUUGAGGAGCAGGAUAUGAAAAAGAACCACAACGGGCCAAAAUCUUCACAGCAACGGCCCGGCAAGAUGAUUGAGCACAUUAAUAUCCAUGACCCAUGUGAAGGCAGGAGCUGUGAGCCAGAACAGGGCAGGCCAGAAGAUCUUCCUCCGUGCAGUCCAUGCAAGAGUCAUUUGGCGAGCCAGAACUGUAGCCCUUGUGACCAGAGCUGGAGUGUGGAUCCAGGAGCUGCACUAUCACAGUAUGGCACAGAUAACCCCACUUAUCCAGAGCCCAAAGCACAGCCACCAGAAACUGUGGACAUGGACUGUACGUAUGUGAGCCACAGUCUGCUGAUACGCAGCCGGAAGCAAACUGGGCUGGAUAACAGUGCCACAGGAAUAGGGCUGAAGGCUAACGACAGCCUGGCAAACAUCUUUGAUACAACUGGGGAAGGAGAGUAUGAGUCCUGCCCUCAGGAUGACGUGUCUGCCCAGGAGCAGGAGCACGUCUAUGAGAAUGAACCAGAGGAGGAAGGUGAAGAAGAGGAGCAGGAACAGGAACAAGAUGAAGAGCACACGGAGGAGGCAGGUUUUAUGGAAGAAGACCUUCACAGACCAUCAACACAAGCUGGAGAGGGGCACACUGGAGACAUCACUGAGAAGACCAGUACUAUAGCUCGCGUGGAAGUUGUACGCAAGAAAAAUGAGAGACGAAAACUCCAAGGCCACACAUGCAAAGAGUGUGAGAUUUAUUACGCAGGCCUCCCUGCGGCAGAGAGAAAGAAGAAAUUGUCAUCCUGCUCUCGCCAUCGUUUCCGGUACAUUCCUCCUGCCACUCCAGAGAACUUCUGGGAGGUGGGCUUCCCAUCCACACAGACCUGCAUUGAGAGAGGAUAUGUCAAAGAAGAUAACCAAGUAGAUCCACGGAUGAGGAGGAGAAGACCUUAUCUUGCUAUGUUCUCACCAAAGGCUAAAGCUUCAAAGAUUUAAAACAGUUUUAUACCCUCUUUGUGUAUGUUGAACACCAUGACUUUUCAGGUCAUGGAAAAGAUCACUUAGUUACUGUACAGAUUUAAUUAACUAACACUUUUUAAUGUGUUUUUGUACAUGAUGCAUCAUUUUUGAAAUUAUAAUAAAAAAGGCAUUUGCUUGGU